AUGGCGGCGGCCGGCGCACCGCUGCCGCGCGCCCUCUCCGCGGAGCUGAGGUGGGCUCCUCCGCUCGCCGCGGGCCUCGCGCCGCCGCGGCAGGGGACCAGGGCUCGCGCGUCGUGGCCCCUCCCCCGCCAGGAAAUUGUUUUUAGUCGUGGCCGGUUGAUAUCGACUAAUUUCAAUUCAAGGUCAUUGUUGUGCCCUCCUUGCCAUUGUGCUCAGGUGGCUUUGGCUGACGCAAAGAUUGCUUAUCAGGCUGAUCCUGAUAAGCAUGCUGGAGUUCUGGCCUAUGAACUGGUUCAAGGGAACCUUGUACAAUGGAACUCGUUUAUGGACAAAUCGAUACCAGAUCCACCAACAGCUGUACUCCUUCAUGGCAUCCUUGGAAGCGGGAAAAACUGGGGGUCUUUUGCAAAGAGGUUAGCUCAGGAAUUUCCAAUGUGGCAGUUUCUCUUGGUUGAUUUGCGCUGCCACGGUGACUCAGCGUCAAUUAAGAAAAGAGGACCUCAUACUGUUGCCUCAACUGCUUUUGACGUUCUAAAGCUGAUAGGGCAACUCAGGCUGUCCCCUCGAGUGUUGGUUGGUCACAGCUUUGGUGGAAAAGUGGCUUUGAGUAUGGUAGACCAAGCUGCAAAACCACUUGCCCGUCCUGUCAGGGUAUGGGUUCUUGAUGCUACUCCUGGCAAAGUUCGUUCUGGGCUAGAUGGCGAAGAUCAUCCCGCUGAACUUAUUGAUUUCCUCAGAAGAAUGCCUGUGCAGGUUAAUUCAAAGCAGGAAGUUGUUGAUGCUCUAGUUAAAGCAAAGUUUUCUGUGGAUGUUGCACGGUGGGUGGCAACAAAUCUCCGACGGAGCAGCCCAUCAGGAUCACGAUCUUCUCCAAGCUACUCAUGGAUAUUCAACUUAAAUGGCAUCUCUGAGAUGUACAAGUCAUAUGAAGAUACUAACCUAUGGAGGAUUGUAGAGAACGUACCACGCGGGGUACACAUUAAUUUUCUCAAGGCCGAAAGAAGUUUGCAUAGAUGGGCUCUUGAAGACCUUCAGAGAAUUCAUACCGCGGAGGAGGUGGCUGCGGAUGAGGCUGGAGGAGUUGAAAUGCAUGUGCUCGAAGAUGCUGGACACUGGGUUCACGCAGAUAACCCUGACGGUCUCUUCAGAAUCCUUUCGUCAACCUUCCGCAUCGAGACCAGCCUAAGAGGGCGGGAGUGA